AUGUCUUCUCAGAAUGCUCGCGCAACAUAUCUCCGCCAGCUUCAUAUCCCUGGCAAACCCAUUCUUCUUACCAAUAUAUACGACGCCAUGUCGGCACGCGCAAUCGCUGCUCUCCCUGGUACGAAAGCAUUGGCGACAGCUAGUUAUGCCAUUGCUGGAGCUGCAGGCGUCACAGAUGACGGCAUGACACUGGAAACCAAUCUCGCUGCCGUGCAUGGAAUUUCUGGCGUAGCUAAGGAAUACGGUCUCCCUCUGACGGUCGAUUGGCAAGAUGGCUACGGAGCAAGACUUGAAGAAGGAAUCCAAGACAUUCUGAAGCUGGGAGUAGUGGAAAUUAAUUUGGAGGAUUGUGACAAGGAAACGCAAAAGAUGCUCCCAGUAGAGGUGGCUGCAGAGAGAGUCAAGCGGGUCCUGGCUACUGCAGAAGCAAUAGGUGUCGCUGAUAUCGUGGUCAACGCCAGGACUGAUACUCUUAUCCACAAUGGUACGGUUUCGGAGGCGAUAGAGAGGGGUAAAGCUUACCUUGCUGCUGGCGCGACCACCGUGUUCGUUUGGGGAGGCUCUAUUCGAGGUGGUAUCACAAGAGAGGAAGUCAAGCUCUUGGUAGAUGCGUUCAAUGGAAAGCUGAAUGUUUCGAUGAAGAUGGGAGAAGGCAAUUUGACUGCCAAGGAGUUGGCUAGAAUGGGUGUUGCUGGGAUUAGCAUUGGACCUGCAUUGCAAUUCAUUGCCAUGAAGAUCUUUGGGGAAGAAGCUGAGAACUUGAUAGCAUCAACAUAG